AUGGCAGAGCAGCCACAGCUGGCUGUGAGCUCGAAUACCCCAAUACUGACACCAAAGCCAACGCCACGCAGACCAAGCGACGAAGAAUACGCCGAGAAAAGUCGUCUUGCGCCGGUCAUGGAACAAUCAGAAACCCCACAUCAAGUUCUAGACAGAUCCAGCUCAUCAAGUUCAGACGAGCUUCCGACUGCACCAGGCUAUCUGUACUCGAGCGAACCAGCUUAUGGUGAAAAUGGCGAUCAUAAUCUUACAUACACUCCGACAACAGUCUCUGCCUGGACACCUUCGACCGGUUUAUCCUCUGGCUUCUCCUCAUGGAACUCUUAUUCCAACGCAAGGCCUCGAGGAGGAAGUGGCGGCGCUGCCAGUGGAGCAGAGAAGCCUACAGCAGAACAAGGAUUCGUGCCAGAUCCACGAGUGCAAAGACCAUCCGCUCCUCUUCGAACACCCUCAAAUACGUAUGCCCCAGCUCGAAAACCACUUCAAUUCUUCAAUGCUUCCUCCGUACGCACACGCUCUUCGUCGAACAUGCGGACAUCACGCCGAGAUCCGAAUGCUCAGUAUCGGGCACAGGAGAAGGCUUACGUGCAGCGGGUCCGGCAAGGUCCUGCAGACUGGACAAAAUUCGAUACGCAGACCCCAAGCGUGGGAUUUAGUACAGAUUCCGAGACUGAAGAAGAGUCCCCAUCAUCAGACCUGCAGUUUGACAACAACGAUCCAUACGAUCCGGAAACCAAUCUGUUUCUUGGGAAUGAGGAUGUACAGCCGUCGUUGGAAGAGCUUUCGGUUCCAGAAAACAGGGAACGACUGGAGUGGCAUUCCAUGCUGGCAUCAGUCCUGAAAGGCGACGUCGUGAGGCAGGAGAAGCAGAGACUGAUUGGCAACACGGAGCAAAUGUCUAGUGUAGAGUUGAAUGGCGAGAUAUGGCUAGGAGUCAAGGCCAAAGCCCAUGGGCGUACCACUGCCAUUCAGAAGAGGAUGAUUGAGGAUCGUCGUGCAACGAUUGGCCCUACCAUUGAGAGCAUAAUAUCCUUUGAGAUCAAAGGCGAGACCGAGGUAGGCAAGCCACCCGCAAUGCAGGUGGAGGAUGUUGUCCGUAAGAUCGAGAAGUGUGAAUGUCUAUACUCAACCCGGAAGGGACUUGAGAAUGCUCAACCCCGAGCGGCGUCAGAUGCAUUCCAGGCAAGUUGCGAUGCCAUAAUGUCAUGGCACAAUACCACGCAGCUCAUCAAUACCGAGUUAGCCAUUCUUCAGGGCUGGGUGGGCAAUGCAGAACUAGACUUUCAGAAGCCAAGGAAGCGGUCAGAUUCAGGGGGCAAGCUGAUCGACGAGUCUUCGUUCAUUGAUCGCAUCCUCAAAGAAGAUGGUCUAAAUUCGUUGCAAGGCAACCACAGUAUGCUCUUCCCUAUUGGCGAAGUAAUCAAGAAGGCGAAGAAUACUUUGAUCCACAAUGCGAGUACUUUCGCAGAACGCCAUCUGCCACCCUACAUCGAAGAGCUUCUGACCUUGUUGAACUUCCCUUCGCGCCUAAUACAAGAGAUUGUCCGCAUUAGGCUCAACUACGCCCAGAAGAUGAAAGACUCUGCACAGUCGUCGGCGAUGAUAAUCGAUCAGAUGAUCGAUCAAUUUCAGAUCCUCAUGAAACUGGCCUGCCGAAUCAAGCAGGAUUAUCUCGAUAUCUCAUACCCUGCCCCAGGCUGGGAGCUGCCACCAUGCAUUGAUGAGAAUUUUGACGGUGUCAUUGUUGAUGCCCUCAAGUUCUACUUCAAGAUGUUGAACUGGAAGCUGGGUGCAACGAAGAACACAUUCAAGGAAGCUGAGAUUCUGGAGCAGGAAUGGGAGUUCUCCAACCAAAUUGGACGUCAGUUGGAAGGCGGGGAUAUCGAGGUCGCCGAACAGUUCAGCUCGUUGACCGCCAAAGCACUUCUCCGCCUAACGGGGCAUUUUGAGAGAGAACUUCGGAGCCAACCCGACGAGUCAGCCAUAGAGAUGGAGAAACGCUAUAAAGCCAUUCUCGAUUCAGUGCGUGUGCGUCAGCGCAAGCUCUUUCGGUUCUCUCGCAUUCUCCGACAGAGAUUCGAAAAUGCGACAGAGUUCAGCUUUGGCCUAGACCAAAAUGAGCUACAAGAAUUCUACGACUCCCUUGUGGUAACUGGCCACUUCCUGGUUUCAGCUGUUUCAGAUAAUGUCCCAGCGGGAACAUACCUGAUCGCAUCCCCAUCGCUACGAAAUAGAGCGAAAGCUACACAAUCCAUCCUGGGCACUUCAUUCCAUGCAGAAGAUGCACCCGAGGAUCCCACGAACCCGUACAUCUUGGUCCUCCGACCCGAAGAGACAUUGUCUUGGGAGGGCGAAAAAACACAGAUGGACCUACCGGAGCUUCCCACUGAUCUGCGUGUGGGAAGACUACGUUUGGUGGCCGAUGGGUCGCAACAACGAUUGCACAACGCCCGUCAGAAUCUGUUCAACGCGACAGGCAAGAAGCUCGACAUUGUCAUCGAGCAACGAGCAAAUCUCGGACGAGUCAACAUCGAGUUAGGCAAGAUCAAAAAGACAACAUUCAAACUCUCCAAUACCAUCAUGGAGAGUGUUGAAAUCAUACGAACGAAGAACCGAGGAAUUGCGAGUCCUGACUUGAUUCAAUCGUGCUUCGCAUUUGCUACGGAAUUUGGCAAGCGGUCUCUCAUGUACAUGGAUCCAAACAGACGAAUGAUGAACAAUCUGAAAUUAACCCGUCUGGCGCUUGAUUGGGUGAGCUUCAUCUGCGACGAUUGCGAUGCUUCUGAACGGAAAACUUUCAAGUGGGCUGUGGUUGCUUUGGAGUUUGCAAUGAUGAUGACACGCGGUCAGAACAUUCUGGCGAUUAGCGAUGAGGAAUACAGUCGUAUCCGUGUCAAGGUGGCAGGCUGUAUGUCCGUCCUUAUCUCGCACUUCGACAUCAUGGGUGCCCGUUCGACGCUCGCUGCGCAGCAAGAGAAGGUGCGCAUGGAGGCAAUCAAUGGUCCUACCAAGCGUCUGGAUAUAAGUCGAAUGGUGGAUGAUGAUGAAGCGGCACAGCUGGUGACCACACAACGAAUGUGUCUGCUGACUGAGAUUGAAGAUGCUCGGCGGGACAAUGAGGCCAAACGAGCAACACUUGGACGAGUCCUUGAGGGCUCAAAUGAGGCAGACCGCUCCCUUACUUUUCUGUCCUCGUCUGCUACCAACGUUACGAUGCGUUGGCAACAAGGUCAAUUUGUUGGUGGAGGAACAUUCGGCUCUGUUUAUGCUGCUGUCAACCUCGACACGGGGUAUCUUAUGGCUGUCAAGGAGAUCCGGCUCCAAGAUCCUCAGCUUGUUCCAACAAUCGUAAAACAGAUUGGCGACGAGAUGGGUGUGCUCGCAGUGCUUGAUCAUCCCAAUAUUGUUUCGUAUUACGGCAUCGAAGUGCAUCGAGACAAAGUUUACAUUUUCAUGGAGUAUUGUUCUGGCGGUUCGGUAGCAGGUCUACUGGAACAUGGCCGCAUCGAAGAUGAAACGGUCAUCAUGGUGUAUGCCUUGCAGAUGCUUGAAGGCCUCGCCUAUCUUCACCAAGCUGGCAUUGUCCAUCGUGACAUCAAGCCGGAAAAUGUCCUUCUCGACCACAAUGGAGUGAUCAAGUACGUCGACUUUGGGGCGGCCAAGAUUAUCGCGCGGCAGGGCAAAACGAUCAUGGCUCCCGAUCCUACUCCGCAAUCGCCCCAUAAAGCGGAUAAGCAGGCAGGUGGUGAUGCAAAGCAUAAUAGCCCGCCGGCGGCACCUCGGGGCAAUCCUCAAAAGACCAUGACCGGGACUCCCAUGUACAUGUCACCAGAAGUCAUCCGGGGCGAUGCGCCUUCGAGCUCGAUGACACGCCAUUCUGGUGCCGCAGAUAUCUGGUCUCUGGGCUGUGUCGUAUUGGAGAUGGCCACAGGGCGGCGGCCGUGGUCGACACUGGACAAUGAGUGGGCCAUCAUGUACAACAUUGCGCAGGGUAAUCCGCCGCAGCUGCCAUCUACAGAUGAGCUUAGCGAAGACGGGGUGGAAUUUUUGAAAAGGUGCUUUGAGCGAGACCCGUCGAAGAGGAGCUCGGCAGCAGAGCUGCUGCAGCAUCGAUGGAUUGUGGAGAUCAGAAGGUUGGUAGUUGAUGUGCCCGAUACCCCAAGAUCUGAAACAGGCCUGUCGACAAGCUCAACGAACAGUAUGCCCAACAGCGUCCAUCCAUCGAGGCAGAAUUCCAGCAACUUCUAG